UGUGUGGAAUAUGGAGAGAGGAAGGAGAGAAGUGUGAUUACUAAAGGAAGAGAGGCGGAGAGUGCUACUCAGCAGCAAACACAGGGUGGACAAGUUCAGAUGUGAGAGAUUGAGAGAGAGAGAAAGAAAGUAAGAGAGGGAGAGGGAGAGACAUCAAAUUUGUCUGAGAAAGGUUAACAGGUCUGACUGAGUAGAGUGGGAGUGUAAAAAUGUAAGAGCAAGUAGGAGGGAAGAGAGAGAGGGGGGAGAAGAGAAAGGGAGGAGAGAGCGUGUCUGAUAGACAGUCUGUUGAGCUUGUCUGGAUGCUUCUGAUCAUUCUGCUCACACAAGUGCAUGUGGAACGUCUGUGAACAUGGAUGGACACGCUUUGUGACGAUGGGUCAAACAGAGGGACAGAUGGAUAGAUGGAUGGAGGAACGAAUUGUGACGACCUUGGACCUGACUCUCCGCAGCGAUUGCCAAGAGACUGUAGUCUGUGUCACAUGACCACAACACGUCUUCAACUUCUGCAGGAGGGCAUGCAGUGCCAUUUUGAGUAACAGGCAGCGUGAGCCAAUGAGCUUCACACCAAACCCAGCUCUGGUCCCAGAAAGGGACAGACUCCCACUCAAAAAGAGGGACCAAAGACCAAGCUCACCACCACAGCAGCAGCAGCAGCAGCAGCAGCAGCAGCACUGUGAUGCUGCAACAUUCAAGGCACCCUACCCAUACAAGAGCCACAGUGAGUUUAAAACAAAGCACACAGGCCCUUUCCAGCCCGUACCAAGACGGGUUCCUGCACUGUACCAGCCCUGGAUGCAUACUCACUCAUCUGCCAGGUCCAAACCUCACAACCUCUCAGCAUUCAGGGAUCAUCAUGGCCUGGCAGAGUGGAGAGAGUUCAACCCCCUGCACCCUGUGUGGGCUUUUUCUCACUACUAUCAGCACCACAGCCACUUGUCCGACACACCCACACUCCGCCCGGGUCAUCCAUACCAUCCCUCCAGAUUCAGCCCAGUCUCCUUGGUCACGGAAGGUUUCCAAAGGGUGGGUGGAGGGUAUAGCUCAGAGCAGCUCAAGACGUUAAGGGACAAGAGUUUAAACGCAGAGAGGCAGAGCAAUGUGAGGAAUAAAGGACCAUAUGUGAAGAGAAGAGACAUAAAAGCUGAGCAUUUUCCCAGGGUAGAACAAGCAAGUCCUCCAUCACUGAGCACAUUCCUACCUCACUCUUUGUAUGAGGACCUUAAAAUGCAAUAUGAUUUGUCGCACAAAUCAGCAAAGGAUGUCAAACAUCCCACUUGUGGACAUUCCUUCAUAAAGGUUUCCCCUGAUGACAGCUCAAGCAACACAUACACCUCCAUGAAGGAGGACCCAUCAAGAUCUCCUGCUUUGCCCUCUUCUGAACAGGCUUCUUCCUCCUCUUCCUCUCCUAACCACUUUCCCUGGCUGCUCCCUCACUUUGUGGCAGGCUCUCUGAUCGAGCUCAGAGACGGGCGGCUGAGGAGGGUGGAACACCUGCAGACGGAAGACUUCCUGCUGGGAUCACUGGCCUGUCCAGACCUGCGCCUGAGCUGCUGCACGGUGCAAAGCAUCUCUCCUUCGGCCUCCUUCGCCUCCAUUUCGCGGCUCCUUAUCCUGCUUCACGACCAGCCGUCCCAGGAGUUGGUGGAUGUCUAUGUGGAGUACCCCUUCUUUGUGCGUGGGAGAGGCUGGUCCUCCUGCAGUCCUCAGAGGACUGCCCGUCUCUGUGGCCUGCAUUGCCGCCAGCUCAGUGUGGGGGACGUCUGCCUGGCUCUAACCCCUAUCUCAGCCCCCCAGCCUCCAGCAUCAGUGAACUUGGAGCCAAAAACCUCACCCAGUAAGUCAGAGGGAGGGUGUGAGUCUUCAAAGGCACCACAACCCCAGAUUCCCCUAGUGCCACAGCGACAAACAGGGGGGCAGAAGAAGGAAGCAGGGGCAGUCCGCAGGAGACACUAUUCGGCCCCUGAGUUGAGAGGUACAAGUAGUAACUGCAUGUAGUGGGGAGGGUUGCUGUUAUAAGGACAGAAAGCAUGUCAAUCGCUUUUAAGCUCUGCUAUUGUCAGCCUAUAUCUGCUGUCUUUCUACCUCCUGAAUUAUAUUACUGUGCUUGACUGUUGUUUUUUUCAGUUUUAUCUAAGGAGUAAAAGAGGAUAGACAGGAUGAACUCUCAGGAUUCCCCCAGAGGUAAACUUAAAUUUGUAUAUUUGUCAAGGUAAGUUAGGGAUUAAACACUGACUAUUUGAGUUGAGUUAAACAUUACAUUUGCCACAGGGAGUUGCUUCUGUGACAGUGAAUCUGAAGAAGAUUUGGGGAAGUUUUAAAGCAAGGGUUCACAUUUUUUCAAGCAGUUCUGACAAAAUUUGCCCACGUUCUUUGAAAAGC